AUGCCGUACAAGGCGCAAAUGGCGGCAAAGCCGUCCAAACAGAUCUUCGACCCCUUCAACAGCAGUGCCACCGGCCACCAGAGAGCAGACAACAGACUGGGCGGGAGUACUUCCUGGCGCGACUCACGCAGCCUUAAACUACGGGAGCAAUUCAGUGGAGGCAGCGGCGGCGGCAAGCGCAUGAACGACACUGUCGGCGCGGGAAGCCUUGAUUUUGGGCAAGAUGGGCGGACGGAAAAUGGCGGGUGGGAGAAGGGCGCCAAAGGUCUGCGGACUGCCGGCCAGCAGAGCAUUUGGGAGAGCAUGAAGUCCGAGACUAGGUUCCACGAAGACGACGAACCGAAACCACCUCCACCGCCGCAGAUCUUCGCGAAUCUAACCAUCUACUUGAACGGCUGCACUGCACCACUUUCAGACCACAAGCUCAAGCACUUGAUCAGCACACAUGGAGGCAACAUGUCCAUAUCUCUCGGAAGAAGAACGGUCACGCACGUCAUUCUGGGAAAAAUCAACGCCAAUGGCGGAUGUGGUGGCGGACUAGCUGGAACCAAGAUCCAAAAGGAAAUCGCAAGUCUACGAGCUAAGAGCGUGAAGUUUGUGACAGCAGAAUGGAUUGUGGACAGCAUCAAGGCUGGGAAAAGGCUACCUGAAAGCAGAUAUGAGGCAAUGAAACUGGCGCCCAAGGGAGUGGCGAAUAUUAGUACGCUAUUC